AUGACAUUUCCUUAUCUCUGUUAUAACAACGGCGGCGGCGCAUUCCUGAUCCCAUUCAUAGCGAUGAUGCUUUUGGCCGGUUUCCCAUUGAUGUUCAUGGAGUUGGCGUUCGGCCAAUACGCCAGCCUUAGUCCUGUCGUCAUCUUUGAACGCUUUUGUCCACUAUUUAGUGGAAUCGGUUACGGAAUGGUCAUCGUAUCGGCGAUUGUCAUGCUUUACUACAAUAUGAUCAUCGCGUGGACCAUCUUCUAUAUGUUCGUCUCAUUCAAUAAACAGCUUCCGUGGGAGAGGUGUGACCCCCAGUGGCGGACACCUCUCUGUUACUCGCAUAAGGAGAAGGACGAGUGUCACAGUCUCUAUCCGGACGGCGGAAUAAAGCAUCACGUGUUGGGACAGUCGUCGGGUAUUGAGGAAACGGGAGGCAUUAGGUGGCCGUUGGCGCUGUCAUUACUGGCCGCCUGGACUAUUGUCUUUCUCUGCUUAUGCAAAGGCGUCCAAUCGUCCGGAAAAGUGGCAUUAUUCCCGUACGUAGUUCUGGUCAUACUAUUUAUUCGCGGCAUAACACUGCCCGGCGCUAUGCAAGGCAUCCUAUUCUACGUUACGCCCGACUGGAAUCGUCUCUUCACACCACAGAGAAUUGCUUCCAAACCCCGCUGCGUCGGCAAGUCCACAAAAAGCGUAACAGAGGCCGGACCCCACCUGAGUAAUGUGAGCGGAGAAUAUUAUUUAAAAGAUGCGAUCGUAGUUUUACUGGCAAAUGGAGGGACGAGUAUAUUUAGUGGUUUCGUUAUUUUCUCGAUUAUCGGUUAUUUGGCCAAAGAGUUAGAGGUAGAGGUCGGAGAUGUGGUCGACGAAGGCGUUGGACUCGCAUUUAUGGUAUACCCGGAAGUUGUGGCGCGACUGCCAUUCGCCCCUUUGUGGUCGUUCCUGUUUUUCUUCAUGUUAUUAACGUUAGGACUCGACAGUCAGUUCGCAUUACUAGAGACCGUUCAGACGGCUAUUCUCGACCGAUUGCCGUCACUCCGAGAGCACAAGUUUUUCGUAUUGCUUUCGGUGUCAAUAAUGGGUUAUUUGGGAGGACUUAUAUUCUGCACCCAAAGCGGCGUUUAUUGGUUGACUCUGUUUGACAAAUAUGCGGCCAAUUUCUCGGGUAUUUUGGCCUUUAAUUGGAUUCAACACAAGCCGGCGACCAGUGGUUCGUACGUAUACCCCGUGUGGGCCAAUGUGUUGGGUUGGUUCAUAGCAUUUCUGCCGACAAUCACAAUCAUUGCAAUGAUGGCCCACACCUUCUUCUCAUUCAAGUCAAAGGGAACUCUAUUUCAUAGAUUGACGGCAUUAAUGCAACCGAUGGAGAGCUGGGGUCCGACUCAUAAGAAUCUAGACUUGAAAUCGACUGAAAUCACGACUGAAGGGAACGGAGCGUUAAAUAAUGGUCUGAUUCGAGAGAAUUCGUUCGACAAUCCCUCGUUUAACGUCACCUACACUUUCGAGACUGCAAUCUAAGUCCCGCUAUAACUAAACUCAUCCAUUAGUGUUGUGUUUACUCCUCAAAACCAUUGAUCACUUUUUUUUAUAGAUACCAUGAAAUGAUUUUUUAAAUACAUGUUUAAAUUUUUUGAUUCUAAUUUGUUUUUAGAAUAUUUGUUGAUUUCUAAGUCAUUUAAUUAAUCUGUUAUUUGAUAACAAAAUUUUAAACGUUUGCCUCAAAAAUACAACACAACUAAUGAAUACACAAAAAGGGUCACUGAAAUUGAAUUCAAUUUUGAGAAUCCAAAGGGAAUACAUUUUUUAGAGAUAUUUUACUAUUGAAACUGACUUUAAAUUCUUAUAAAGUAAUAAACAAAUCUUUAUUUAGUAAUUUAUUUUU